AUGAACACGCUAGACCCCUCGGAACAAGGGGCGAGCAAAAAAGCUGGGGAUCUUAAAGGAUGUUUCCGAGAUAGGGUGAAGGCACUUACGGUGAAUCCGGAAGACAGUAUGGCGGCGCUAUCCUCACCACGCGACACCCCGCCAUACAGCCCAACAACCUCAGACCACUCUUCCGUAACAAGAAUAUCGGACAUAAAAGAACUACUUAACAACUUAUCAUUAAAAGAUGACAUAGCAGCCAUGCUGACCCGGUUGGAGGCCUCCGUCCAAACUCAGAUAUCCUCCCUGACCUCAGAAGUACGACUGGUCGGUAAUAGAGUGGGGGACCUGGAAGAGGACAGAGACCAAAUAUUAGAGAGGCUCUUGAAUCUAGAGCAAAGACACAAAGUGAUGGACGCAAAACUAAUACACAACAUGAAAAAUGUGGAAGAUCUUGAUAACAGAGGUCGCCAAAACAACAUCAGAGUACAGGGCCUUCCGGAAUCGCAAGACUCCACAGAAGAACUUAACACAACCUUGCAAUUUGUAUUCAACAAUAUCCCACAGACCUGUGGGAACCCCAAUCAUGCUAGAUAUGGCUCAUGCAGCGCUUAG